AUGGCCUUCUUCCAAGAAAUGCCCUGGCACGAGGGCGAGAAGAAAGUAGCCGAGCUUAUGCACACACCUCCAUACGACAACCCAACAGUGCCAACACUGUCUCCCCAACUCUCGAACCAUCUUCAGAUAGCCCCACUGAUCGCAAUAGGAACGCUCGACAAGCAAGGUCGACCAUGGACCACUCUCUGGGGAGGGCGAAAAGGUCUAUCUCAGCCUCUGGGUGGCGGGAUCAUUGGCAUCAAGACACCUGUCACUGGCAAGCACGAUCCAGUCGUUGAGGAACUGUUUGGUAAGGAAGCCACUGGCGAGGUUGUGAGGGAGGAGGGCAAGGGGAGGAUGGUUAGUGGCCUUUCGAUUGACUUGGAAACGAGGAAGAGGACUAAGAUGUAUGGAAGGAUGAUCGCUGGCGCACUGACUAAGAAGAAUGAUGAAGUCACGGGAGUUGAGGAGGCGACGGUUGAAGCUCAAUUAGUCCUGAAAGUGGAGCAGAGUCUUGGGAACUGUCCGAAGUAUCUGAAUAAGAAGCACCCCGAGAUGGCGCCCGCGAAUCCCAGAUUGGAGAGCGACUCGAAGCAGCUGUCAUCCGACGCAGCAGCGCUAUUGGAGAAGGCCGACAUGUUCUUCGUCUCAAGCGCACAGCAUGACCAAGAUAUGGACACCAACCAUCGAGGUGGACCCCAAGGAUUCUUGCGACUCGCUUCAAACGAGGAAUCUGGCGCUGUGCUGUGUUGGCCCGAGUACUCGGGCAAUCGACUGUACCAAACGCUAGGAAACCUCCAAGUCAAUCCAGUAGCAGGCCUAUGUGUCCCCGAUUUCGACACCGGUGACAUGCUCUACAUGACCGGCACGACCGAGAUCCUCUUCGGCAAGGACGCUGGAGCGUACCUCCCACGCUCCAAUCUGUGCGUAAAGCUCACACUGACCGACGCCCGUUUCGUCAAACAAGCACUUCCAUUCCGUGGCAUCCUAGGCGACCGCUCACCUUACAAUCCAGUAGUACGAUAUCUAGCCUCCGAGAAAGCACCAGCACGAACGGAUCAGACCACAUUACAGCAAGCCAAACUCCUCAGCCAGACAAAGCUCACGCCAACAGUUUCAAGAUUCAAGUUCAGCCUCCAGAACGCUGCAACUUAUAGACCUGGUCAAUAUGUCACCUUCGACUUCUCGAAAGAGCUGGACAUAGGAUACUCUCACAUGCGCGACGACGAUCCGAGGAGCAUCAACGAUGACUUUAUUAGGACUUUCACAGUCAGUAGUCCUCCAGGCGAUCCGCCUGUACCAGCCAGGAAACUGAAAGACGAUGAGUUUGAGAUUACGAUCAGGAAGGUUGGAGUCGCGACUGGGUUGCUUUUCAAGCAUAGUGGUGAGGAUGACCAUAUUCACAUGCCGCUUGAGAUUGGAGUCAAGGGCUUCGGUGGCGAGUUUGAAGUGCAGCAGAAGUCGGGCGAGACGAUUGCGUUCGUCGCUGCUGGUGUGGGCAUUACGCCGAUUCUGCCGUCGUUGUGGACUUUGGACUAUUCAAGACUGAAGUUGACCUGGUCGAUUCGUGAGGAAGACUCCGGGAUGGUGCUCGACGCACUUGAACGUCAUCCGGAGCUGGCUGGCAGUCUUGCUGUUUAUGUUAGCAAUGGCAAGGAAGAGGGUGAAGCAGUUCGGAAGCUGAAUGGUACAGGUGCUGCCGUGCAUCUUCGACGCAUGAAUCAAGCGGAUGUGAAUUUCGGGGACAAGGUGUCCAGGUACUAUCUAUGUACUGCUAUUCCUAUGCGCAAGCAGCUCAUGGACUGGCUACCCGGGAAGGAGCUCGUGUUUGAAGACUUCAACUUCUGA